AUGGCCUGGCAGUCGAAACUCGCCCUGUCCAAGGACCGGUCUCUUCGCGGCAUCAUCGCCCACCUCACCGGGCUGUACGUCAAGCACCGAACGCGCAUUUCGCGUGCCAUCUGGAUCUCCCUCUUUGUCGCCCUCGCCAAUCGCAUUCGCCAUGCCAUCUCGGAGCAAAAGGCCGCCUCUGCGCGCGAGGCCGCUCAGCGGGCGGCUCGCCAAGCGACCGUAACCGCCGGGACCGAGGAAACACCCAGGAAGAAGGUCGCUCUGAACCGCGAGUUCUUCAAGUCCUUGAUGCGCCUGAGCAAGAUCGUGGUGCCCGGCUGGCGCAGCAAAGAGGCGAGGAUGCUGGCCAGCCACAGCUUCUUCUUGGUCCUGAGGACUUUGAUCAGCGUUCGGGUUGCAGAAAUGGACGGAGCCAUUGUCAAGGCCUUGGUCAAGGGAAACGGCAAGGAAUUCUUGAAGCGCAUUGUCUGGUGGAUGCUGAUCGCUGUCCCCGCAACCUUUACAAACUCGAUGCUUUCCUACCAUCAAGCCGAGCUCUCUCUGCAAUACCGGACGAGACUGACACAGCAUAUACACGACAAAUACCUAUCCAAAUUGACCUUUUAUGGCAUCUCGGCACUCGAUGAUCGGAUAAAGAAUCCAGACCAACUCAUCGCCGUCGAUGUAUCGAAAUUCUCCAAUAGUCUGGCAGAGCUUUACAGCAAUCUUGCCAAACCAGCUCUUGACAUGACCAUCUACACAUAUACUUUAUCAAAGAGCGUUGGAAGCGAGGGUGUCAUCUUCAUGACGCUACUAGUUCAGCUCUCAGCAAACCUGAUGCGCGUCUUGACGCCACCCUUUGGCAAGUAUGUCGCCGACGAAGCUCGCUUAGAGGGAGAAUUCCGCUUCCAGCACUCUCGCUUGAUCGAUUACAGCGAAGAAAUUGCCCUGUAUGGCGGCCAUACCGCGGAAAAGGACACAUUGGACAAGGGUUACUUUACUCUUAUCAAGCACGUGAAUUACAUCCUUCGACGACGCUUCUACCAUGGCUUUAUGGAAGAUUUCGUCAUCAAAUAUUUCUGGGGUGCUUUGGGUCUGCUGCUUUGCAGUGUCCCCGUCUUUGUCAAGCUUCCCGGCCAGAUUGUCAUGAACGUGGGAGAUAGAACAGAGGCUUUCGUGACGAAUCGCCGUAUGCUCCUCUCUGCAUCUGAUGCCUUUGGCAGAAUCAUGUUCUCGUACAGAGAAAUCAUGGAGCUGGCUGGAUAUACCUCCAGAGUUGCCACCCUGCUCAACGUCAUGGAUGACAUUCAGAUGGGUCACUUCGAGAAGAAGCUUGUCUCUUCUUCUGGGACAGAGGACAACGAGGCUGUUCUCAAGGGCCGCGGUACGGUCCAUGAAAGCAAGGACUAUAUUAGGUUUGAGGAUGUGCCCAUCAUCUCGCCCAACGGCGAUGUUCUCGUCAAAGCGCUCUCAUUCUCCCUCUCUCAUGGUGACCACCUACUCGUCGUUGGACCCAAUGGCUGUGGAAAAUCCUCAUUGUUCCGUAUCCUUGGAGGCUUAUGGCCUGUCUACGGAGGCACUGUUUACAAGCCCCCCUUUACCUCCAUCUUCUAUCUUCCCCAGCGCCCCUACCUGUCCCGUGGCUCCCUUCGUCAGCAAAUUAUCUAUCCCGACUCCCUACGCCAGAUGCGUUCCAAGGGUGUCAAUGACUCCGACCUUCUCUCCAUCCUCAACACCCUUGGCCUGGAGCAUCUCGUCGAGCUCUACCCCGAAGGUUGGGAUGCCGAGGCCGAGUGGCGCGAUGUUCUUUCCGGCGGCCUCCAGCAGCGUGUCGCCAUGGCGCGCCUGUUCUACCACCGACCGCAGUACGCCAUCCUCGACGAGUGCACGAGCAGCGUGACGCUCGAAACCGAAAAGGUCAUGUACGAGAAUGCAAAGUCUCUCGGCAUCACGCUCCUGACUGUCAGCCACCGCCGCAGCUUGUGGAAAUACCACACGCAUAUCCUGCAGUUCGACGGCCAGGGCAACUACGUCUUUACGAAGCUCGAUGCUGAGAGGCGUCUGAGACUGGAGGAUGAGAAGGAGGAGCUGGAGAUGAAGUUGAGACAGGUGCCCGAGAUGGAAAGGAGACUAGAGGAGCUGACUUCUCUUUGA